AUGGGGAUACAAGGAUUGCUGCAAUUUAUCAAAGAAGCUUCUGAACCAAUCCACGUGAGGAAGUAUAAAGGACAGGUAGUAGCUGUGGAUACAUAUUGCUGGCUUCACAAAGGAGCUAUUGCUUGUGCUGAAAAACUAGCCAAAGGUGAACCUACUGAUAAGUAUGUAGGAUUUUGUAUGAAAUUUGUAAAUAUGUUACUCUCUCAUGGGAUCAAGCCUAUUCUUGUAUUUGAUGGAUGUACUUUACCUUCUAAAAAGGAAGUGGAAAAGUCUAGAAGAGAAAGACGACAAGCCAAUCUUCUUAAGGGAAAGCAGCUUCUUCGUGAGGGGAAGGUUUCAGAAGCCAGAGAAUGUUUUACCCGUUCCAUCAAUAUCACACAUGUGAUGGCCCACAAAGUCAUUAAAGCUGCCCGGUCCCAGGGAGUGGAUUGUCUCGUGGCUCCAUACGAAGCAGACGCGCAGCUGGCCUAUCUUAACAAAGCUGGUAUUGUACAAGCCAUAAUCACAGAGGACUCUGAUCUCCUCGCUUUUGGCUGUAAAAAGGUGAUUUUAAAAAUGGACCAGUUUGGAAAUGGACUAGAAAUUGACCAGGCUCGGCUGGGAAUGUGCAGGCAGCUUGGGGACGUGUUCACCGAGGAGAAGUUCCGGUAUAUGUGCAUACUUUCAGGCUGUGACUACCUCUCCUCACUGCGUGGGAUCGGGUUAGCAAAGGCCUGCAAAGUGCUCAGACUAGCCAAUAAUCCGGAUAUUGUAAAGGUCAUCAAGAAAAUUGGACACUAUCUUAAGAUGAAUAUAACGGUACCAGAAGAUUACAUCAAAGGAUUUAUUCGGGCCAACAAUACCUUUCUUUAUCAGCUAGUUUUUGAUCCCAUCAAAAGGAAACUCAUCCCUCUGAAUGCAUAUGAAGACGACAUUGAUCCUGAAACACUGAGCUACGCUGGGCAGUAUUUUGAUGAUUCCAUAGCUCUUCAAAUAGCACUUGGAAAUAAAGAUAUAAAUACUUUUGAACAGAUCGAUAACUACAAUCCAGACAUUGCUACGCCUGCCCAGUCAAGAAGUCAUAGUUGGAAUGACAAAACAUGCCAGAAGUCAUCUAAUGUUAAUAGCAUUUGGCAUAGGAAUUAUUGCCCUAGAUUUGAACUGAAUAUUGCUUCAGAUGCUAUAAGAUUGAAGGAAAGUCCAAGUACUGUGGGCAUUGAACAAGUGAUCAGUGUUAAAGGAUUAAAUCUUCCAAGGAAGUCAUCCAUUGUGAAAAGACCAAGAAGUGAGGAGCUGUCAGAAGACGAUCUGUUGAGUCAGUAUUCCCUUUCAUUCACAAAGAAGACCAAGAAAAGUAACUGUGAAGCUCAUAAAUCAUUGAACUCUGAAAUGCUCAUGCCUGACCUGGUAGAUGGAACUACUGUUAAAAAAAACAUAAGCACACCACCUACGACAAGAAAUAAAUUUGCAGCAUUUUUACAGAGAAAAAAUGAAGAAAGUGGUGCGGUUGUGGUUCCAGGGACAAGAAGCAGGUUUUUUUGCAGUUCUCUGGAUUCUGCCAACUGUGUAUCAGCGAAAGCAGGCGGUGAGCCCCCAGAAAAAAGUGCUGUCACAGAUGAAGAGGCCAGUGUAGCUGAACCAGAUCAUCAGGAUGGCAAGAAGCUGACUGGUCCAGAUGGAGCACAUAAUUCAGAUGAUGAGGUUCCAUAUGAAACAUGUAAUUCAGGUGAUCAGGUUCCAGACAAUGCAACUAUGAUUGCUGACGACUCUCUAUGUUUGGAGACCAGCAAAUUCACAAGGACCAUCUCACCACCCACCCUGGGGACACUCAGAAAUUGUUUUAGCUGGUCUGGAAGUCUUGGAGAUUUUUCACGAACUUCAAGCCCCUCUCCAGGCGCAGCACUGCAGCAGUUCCGGAGAAGGACCGAUCCCCUCACUGCGGCACCGGACCAGAGGGAAGCGUCUGCUGUGUCCCAGUUAAAGAGUGAGGAGUCUGGUGAUGGAGCGCCUCCCGUGCGGGCAGCGGCUUGGUGUCCAAAGUCUCAAGGAAGCCCAGAACUGUCACCAGACAAUUUAAAUGUGUCAAAACUGUCUCAGCCUUCUAGUAAGGAUUCCGACUCAGAGGAAUCUGACUGCAAUAAUAAGUCAUUUGAGGAUCAAGGUACUCUGAAAUCCAAGCUACAUUUAUCUCAGUAUUCAAGAAAAGUCACACUUCUAAAAAACAAGAUUCCCGGGCUGUAUAAAUCUAGUUCUGUGGACAAUCUUUCUGCGACCAGGAUCAAGCCUCUAGUUCCAGCCCGAGCCAGUGGGCUCAGCAAGAAGCCAUCAAACAUCCAGAAGAGAAAUCAUCAUAAUGCAGAGAACAGGCCAGGAUUGCAGAUAAAAAUCAAUGAGCUCUGGAAAAAUUUUGGAUUUAAAAAAGAUUUUGAAAAGCUUCCUUCUUGUAAGAAGCCAGAUCCCCUGUCGCCAGUCAAAGAUAACAUCCAACUAACUCCAGAAGCAGAAGAGGAUAUAUUUAACAAAUCUGAAUGCAUGCGUGUUCAGAGAGCAAUAUUCCAAUAA